AUGCUGUUCAACUUCGCUGUUGACUGGAUAAUGGGUCGUUCGGUGCAAGGAUAUCAGAGAGUUCAGAUUUCUCCGAACUUAUGGCGCACCGACUUAGAAUUCGCGGAUGAUAUUGUCGUCUUUGGCGAGGACAAGUCCAACCUCCAAGUAAUCGUUCACCGCGUCAGUCGACAGGCCUCCGAGAUCGGCCUAGAGGUGAAACCGUGUCACUUAGAGCCGAAGACUGUCGCAGACUAG